CUUCUGAGCUCUGAAAGUAUCUGCAGGAGGGAGAUGUGUGGUUAGAGAAGCUGUGAGAUCUCAGGGGGAUAGUUGGCCGUCUUCAGGCUGUUAUAAAGAUCGUCAGUCAGCCCGCCACUUAGAUUUUUCUUUGCUUUACUUUAAAAUCUGGAUAAGAAGGAUGCACUGGGAGAAAAGUAAGUACUACACUUUUAUAAACCCAAACAACUGAACUUCAGGGGUGUUUACAGAACGUCUUUUCCAAAGUGAAACUGUGUCAUUUGCAAGGUAAUCUUAAAUUUGCCUGGAUUUUGACUUGGGGAAAUGUUAUUUUACCACUGUUUGCAUGACAGGGCAAAAAACAAAAAUGUAGAGUUGAUAUUAGGUUGUUUAUCGGAGAGUUAAACAGAACAGUGCUCGCUUUUUGUCUCUUUUUGUGAUUUCAACAACUAUACUUUUGAUGUUUUUGGACUGCCUGUUACGCAAGGACACGACCUGAAGUGCUUUACCAAGCAAGAUCAAAUAUAAGCGAGCAACAGCAGAUUUUUUAUCGAAACAUAUCAACGUAAAAAAAAGGCUUUAAUGAUAAAAAUAGGCUUUUGUUCAUGUAUUGCCAAACUUGAUUUAUAUCAAGGUUGGAUUUGAAUACUACAUGUCAGAAGGUCGGUGGUUGGACUUCAGCUACACUCAGGUUUAUCGCUCUUAUUUUUCAUAACUAACUGGACACUUUCUUGAUGAGAAAUGUAAAAUUAAGACUUUAUUGAACUUAAUUCUCUCCCGUACUACAUCUCAUUCGGGAGGACAGUUCGAGUUCAAAACCCUCUCUGUAAAUGUUCCUCUUGUUUUGAAUUGUCUGGAUCUUUUCUGAAGCUGUUAACAUUUAUUUUGGAAAGAGGAAGAUGGUCUUUUUGGAAGUUGGCUGCAUGCCGCCAUUGGGCUUUAAUCAAGAUAUGCAAAAAUGGUUUCAGGCCUGCACCAGAGUAAAACCGUGCACAGCUGUGGAGCUUCCUCUUUUCUGUUGGUGUGCAGUGUUUGUCAGUCUGUGUGUGCUCAAGUGUGAUUGCUUUUCAAAACAACUGUGCUUCAUCUGGGUUUCAGUUCAAAGAUCCUGACUGCAGCAUUUAUUCUGAGUGUGCAUUAACAGAAUUUAUUCCCUGGUGGGGUCUUUUGUUGUUGAUGUGGAGCGCCAUCAAAAUCAAAAAUCACAUUUUUUUAAAGAUAAAAGACUUUUAAAAGAGAGAGGAAAUCAAGGGCUAAGAUAAAUGUCAGAAUAAUCUCACCAUUAGAAGAUAUUGUAGUCUGAAUACAUCGUCUCAACUCAUCCUAGAACACAAACCAGAUUGAACCAGAUACAGGCUGACCUGUCAUUUUAAUCUACGUUAGCUGAACUCACCCACUGCCCUCUGCACUUCAGCUGUUACAAAUCAUUCGCUGUGAUGGGCGACACACCCUGUGUUUGUAGCACACUCCUCACACUCCUCCAAGUGUUGUACCUGUUGACUGUAUGACCGCCUAACUUAUAUCCUGCAGCACUUAACACCAGAGCUGCUCUUUAACCUCCAUAAUAAACCCCACUGUGCAGCACUUAAGCCCGUCUGUGCAACAGAAAUUCAGAAUCUGCCCAAGAAGAGGGAAUAGCUCAAGUGUUGAUUAGACUACUACGAUCUCACGGGUUCUAUCAGGAAAACUUAAAAAAACUUUUAUAGUGGUGGCAGGAAUGAGACAAACUUUUUAUCUGUGUCAUAGUUGCAUUUAAAAGGGACCUGUCUAACUCAUUUUCAACUUUGUCAGGCUGUAACAUCAAGAGUAGAGUAGUUUGCUGUAGUUUAAAAACACAGACAGGAGGUGAUAAUUCAGAAGGAGUAUCCUCACUCAACAAUUUGCCACAGGGUAAAACAAGGUAAAAAAAUGCAGCCUUUAUUGUGAGUGAGCUGAGUGACAUGUUAAAUAAAAUUCAUACUCUUGACUGAGUUUAAAAAUCCUGAAGUUAAAGAGUGUGAUUGGCCGUCCACAUGGAUGUUAAAAUCGCCUAAAUGAAUAACCAUUUUUUUACUUUAUAUGGAUGAUGGAAGUAAUUCUGAAAACUCUGAGAUAAAAGAGGAGGUCUGUAAAUUGUAAAAAGUUAUCUUUGAGGACAGCUUAAAAUAAAAAAAUGAUAUUUAAAGAAUGAAUAUUCCCUUACACAAUGUCCUUGAAGCCAUGGGAUGCAAGGAGAUUUGCCGCAAUACCCUCACCUUUUUUAUCUUUCCUGAGCGAGUGAGAAAACUCUCAGUUAGGUAGUGAGGUCUAUAUUGUUUAAUCAAUCAAUCAAUCAGUCUCUAUUUGUAAAGCACUUUCAUACACAACCCAGUGGCACAAAGUGCUUUGCACAGCAGAGGAAAAAAAGAAACAAAGAAUAACUGGAUCUACCCCAACCCAACCCUUCAUUUCCACCCCGCAAUCUAAGCACAACAGAAACAUGUAUUCAAAUGAAUUAACUUGAAAAGGGCUCAAUUUCAUAGAAACAGGAUUAUGCGCAGCGAGCAAACGCCAUUUUAAAAUUCAAGAUAAGGAAAAACUACAGGUUAGGUUAAAAUCUAAAAACAAAGCAACAUAAAAUGAAAUUGAAGAAAUAAUAAAUAAAAUAAAAACAACAGUAAAAGAUAAUAAAAUAAGAACACCAAAAUAGCUCAAUAAAAGUCGAUCCUACCAUUAAAACUAAAAAGAGAUAAAUGCUAAAACACUUAAACAAUGUUAAGUUAAUGAUAUAAAAUUUGGUUAAAAACAAGACUAAAAAGGUACGUUUUGAGUUUGCUUAAAUAAUUAAGAUUAGGUGCAUUUAGAUUGUUAUCUAAAAUCAAGUCAUCAUGAAUAAGAAAUGCUUCAUUUAGGAGGGACGUAGUGGCGUCCACGGAAUUUUACAUCAUUAAAGCACUAAAUGUGACAUCUCUAAUUAAAUACAUUUAUCAUAUAUAUUCAAAUUGAUUACAAAUAGAUUUACUUAUAUAAGUAUAGUCCAAUAUGAAUCGACCGAACAUCACUUUCAGAAACUAUUUUUUAAAUGGUGCUGAAAUAUAGAAAUUGUGACUCUUUUCCUGACGGGCUCUUCUGCCCUGUGGAUGCUUCAGAGACAUUUAUGUCAAUCAUAGUUGCUGUUACAACAAAUCAAAAUAAAUUGUUUAGGUGCUUUGAUCGGCAUAUAUCUUAGUCCAAAUUUAUGCCAGCACAAGUAUGGAGCCAGACCACAUGAACGUUUAGUGAUUCAUCUGAGUUACGUAAGCUCUGCGAACUCAUCUAACCAUGUAAGUAACAAAAAAAAGGCUUAGUGAAAAAAAAAGACUAUUUCAUCCCCCUCUCUUUUCCCUUUAUUUCCUCGUGUUUGUACCUUUCAGCACCAUCGGCAGCGAUGGCACGCACCAGGCCGUACCAGGGAGUUCGGGUCAGAGACCCUGUCAAGGAGCUGCUGAGGAGGAAGAGGAGCCUGGAGGUGCAGAACACCAAGACAGCGCCCCCUACUGCAGUGAGGACACACCACAUUAUCAUGAUGUAUUUUUAUCAGGAAUUUUGGAAUAUUCAUGCAGUUAAUCUUUGAUCGGACAUUACACACAUUAAUAUGUGAAUAACGGUUUCUCACACACUUUGGCCCUCCUGAUUUCCUAAGAAACUUGCUCUCUUCAGAACCCUUUGAACUCUGGCCGCAUUCUUCCUUGUAACUCUAUCACAGCAUUACUACGACUAACAAAUACCAUACCGAGCAGAGGAUUUAAUCGGGCCGCAGCUGCAGUAUGGAGCAAUGCUUGCUGAGGAUUAAGUGCUGUUGGACUAAUCAAACAUUUCUAACCACUGCUUUGAGAGAUUUUCAGAUUCCUAUAGUGUACUCAAAGUUUAUUACGUGAAGAAAAAGAAACAGAAAAAGAAAAAAUGAAGGUGAGAAAAAUAUUUCUCAAAUACUACAUGCCCUGUCAGGUUUUUGACAGUGACAGCUAGCCUCUUAGUUACACUCUGCUCAGGUUUCACGGAAAUAGUUUUCAUGACAAAAACAGGGGCAUUUUUUUUACCUCUUUGAUUUUCUGCAGGAGAACAUUUACAUUAACACAUCCCUAAUUGUGCUCAAUGAUUUAUCAGCAUCAGACUGCAGGCUGACAUUCCUCACUCAUCAGAUCUGCAAUUGAGAUGAAUGGACCUGCUGAUCCCUGCAGCGGGGAGGCCUCUGCAGGGAUCAGAAGCACCGCAUGGUCCAACCUUCAUAAGCAUGCUGUAAUGUCGGUUUUAAAAGAGCAGCACCUCUCUUAUCUGGGGAGUCAUUUUGCCUAAUACAGAAUUAGUCAUCAAAUUAUAGCGAGCAUAUGGAGGGCUCCUGUGGGGCCAUCAGGAUGUGAGCAGUCAGGGCCCAGGGCCUGUCCCAAAGCAAAGAGGGGGAUUUUGUCCUUAUAUAAUCCAGGUGUUUUUCCAUGACAGUUACAGCCAUUCCCUACAUGGCUGCAGGGCUGGGCACACAGCUCUAUGCAAAAUAACGUGCUGCCUUGCCAAAGAGCCCUCCCACUCUUGUAGUUUUGAACGCCUCCUGAAGUAGGCGAGGAAACACACAGCGCUCAUACACACACAACCCGAGGACAGUGCUUUUGAAACAUGUUUAGAGACAAUAUUACUGAAUGGAUAUUCAACCUCUGAGUGUUAUAAAUGGAAUAAAUUAUUAUUUACUCCUCAUCCUUUGGGUCCUCAGUGUGCAGCUCACCUUAAACUCCCAGGUGUAAGGUUCAGUACACUGUUCCUUCUUAUCGUAAUCUGUGCUCACUCCAAACCUUAGAUAAGAAAAAUUAACAUCACGCUGGGAGUCAGCAACCUGUUUAAGAAAUAUCCCAGCCUCUAAUGCCCAAAAACAGCUCAUAUUGUUAGUCUCACCUUUUAAUAAUUUGUAUUAUUUAUCUAUUUAUUCAAGGCCUCAGUAAGGAGUUUUUAAAUGGGCAUAAAAAGAACAGACAAAAACGAGUCACCAAUAAAAUGAUGGUUUCUUAACUGCAGUUGUGAUGAUUGUAGGUGCUUCAAGAGGGUACUUCUUUUACUUCUUCUACAGCAAAUACUCAAACUGAGUGAUGCAUUUGACUGUCCAUCUCUCUCUCUCUUUCUGCAUCUGCCUCUAUCCCCUCUUAAAACACUAUGCAGUAGCAGCAGAUGACUAUUUUACACAACUAUUUUUUAUCUGGUUCUGCUCACUGCUCAAGGUUUCUGCCUGCUAAAAGAAGUAAUAUAUACACCUCUUCAAAAUUAAAGCAUGUUGUGACAAUACAUAAAGUACAGCAAUCGAAAUGCAAGGUGCUGAAUUAAUCAAAAUGUGAGUGUUACACUGAACCGUUUUAUGUGACCCAUCUCAUCCCUAAAGCAGUUAGGAGGGUAAUAACACAAAUAAAACAUAAUGUGUGAGGAGUUUUUAAUAGGCUGUGAAAAUGACUAAAGUAAACACUGAUGCAUCUUUAUGAGCUACAAAAGUAAUUAAAUCAAGCCACCAUUAAUGCUAGUUAGAUGCUGGAAGGUAAAAACAAGAUGCUGGAUAUGCUUGUUUUGUGGCACAUGGGCCAACUUUACCACUUAAUUUAACAAAGAGACUCUGACCCGAGCAUUCAUCUCCGUCUUAGUGCACCCUCGAUUUUGGAAAAUUUCAGCACCUAUCUUUUCCUUCACAAAGCCCAUUUGUUUUAGAACCACUCCUGUCAUAGUCGCCGUAAGUUCACAUGGCCACUGUGGUUCUCUUGGUCUGUGCUGCAGUACAGGAUUCUGGCCUUUAUGGAAGGGAGCCUGUUCCUGCUAUGAGGCUCACUUUAAGCAAAAUAGUCUUUUAUAACCAGGUAAUUAUGCACAAAUUUAGACAUAUGUUUUGAAUGUUAUAUUCUGUUACUGAGUCUGUUCUUGUAAAUGCUGAUGAAUGUGGCUCACUGCAUCUUUAGAGGCUCAUUUAUAGGUGAGAAUCCAAACCAGGAACUGUCUUGCUAAAUGAGCAGCACAGGUUUUAUAUUUAUUUGUCUAUAUAUUUUUUAUAACGAUUGAUAGGUUAACAUCCUCAAAGCUGAUACUGAGAUCUCAGUCUUUGUAGGUGAAGGAUCUCUGAGCUUCCAUGUUUGAGGAGUUGAAGCAACAGCAUGUCAAUUUACAGUAAACUAGACCUUGAACUGUUUCAUACUCUAAAUCUUUUUUUUUUUUUUUUUUUGCUGAGUUGCUUAGCCCGAUGGGGAUUGCACAGGAAUGACAUUAUGUACAAAGGAUCAUUGUUUAAACAGAGAACUUUGAACAGUGUCUUGUUAAAGUGCACUCAUUUUACGGUUGAACACACCCAGUCAGCGCUCACUGCAGCGCCACCAUUGAUUUUAGCUUUGUUGAUGUUAUUAAGACCAAACUUCCCUCCUACCGCCUCAGGCAGCAGAAGUUAUUCACUGUCCUUUUUCCACCAAGUUUGUAGACAGGAGAAGUUUUAGUUUCAAGGAAAACUCUGAAAUUGGACAAUAUCUGCUUCAAGGUUAUUUCAGCCUCCAUGCUGCUACCCAUCAGAUUAUGUGUUUCAAGCCUGACGUGACAAGAGGCUCAGCUAUCUCGGAAAUCCUCAUUUACACUGACUUCUUUAGAUUUCUUAAACUAUUUUAUUGUUCAUGAUGAUUUGAAAACACAGCUUUCUUGCUAGUAAUGUUUGUCAUGUUUUGUGUCAUGCCUCCACAUUUUUGACAGAAAUUUGAUGAAGCAUAGACUGUAUGUAAAAAGCAGAUACAGCCAAUUUAAUGUUACCUGUUUGGGUCUAGAUCAUUUUUGAGUCCUUGACUUUGACAUUUAGGCCGCUGCCUUCGUAUGUUCUGCAGUCAGAGGUGCACUUUUUGGUUUUGGAUUAUUACACUGCAGCCCGAUCCUUAAAUAAAUAUUCUGCUUUUUGUUGUAUUUUAGUCCAAAGGCAGAGAUCGUGGCUGACCUGGUGGUCAUAUUAAGUGGGUAACUAAAUGUAUUCCACUAAACACCAUAAUACUGAGUAGCAGUGUAAUAAAACAACAGAGAAGUUUUUGAUGUUUGAAAUUCUUCCCCUGCCUUUCUCUCCCUCCAUGACAAUGACUGCACCAUUUUCUUUACUAUCUAAUGAAAGUCUUAAGCAAACAUUUUCCCAGCACAGAAAGCUUCAUGCUAAAUUUGAUGUGACUUAUGUUGCAUCUAUGCAUUGCCCAGCUGUUUUGCAAGACAAAGUUUUUCAAAUCUGCCGUUUCUUCUUUGUUGCAUAUAAACUGUUGCUCCUCCAAAAAGUAGCAUGGGGAAACGAGACAGUCAAUUCCUAGCUACUCUUCCUGUAAUCCAGUUCUUUGUUUGAAACUAAGGACCUUAAUACUCAUUGUUUGGUCAUUUUUCCUUUGUGGAAUCAGAGCAUUAUUUGGACGAUAAGUCGACAGUUUCUUAUGUCUUGAGAACAAAAUAGAUGAGACUGUAAAUAAACUGCCUUAUACGGCCUAUAGGCUAAUUUAAUUUUCCCUAGUUGAAUAGGCGGAUGCUACAGGAUGCUACAAUGCUUUGUCGGCUUAAAAAUAUGUUCAUUUGAAAUGCUCUUUACUUGAUUAUUGCUUCUUUAGGUUAGAUCAGAGGAGGGCCAUGCAGCUCCAUUUAAACCAGCUGUACCUGUCAGGGACCCAAUUGUACAAGAUUCUAGAGACCAUAAACUUAUUAGACACACAUUUUCUAAAGUAAUUCAUCCAUUUUUGAGUCUGUUCUCACACAUUCGGACACCUUUUUUGCAGCUAGUGGUGUUGCUGCUGCUGGAUAUUUGGAAGUUACAGGCACUAUGCUCUGGCUUUUCCCACUAUUUUUAAAACACUCCUUAUGAAAAAUUUCAGAGAUACCGUGUAUGUUGAAAAUGUGAAAUAACAAGAACUAUCCCAUUCAGCUUUUUUACUGGGUUUAUAUUUGUCCUGAUAAUCAUGAGAAAAGAAAUAAACACCAUAUAUACCACAGAUCCAAAAGCCCAAGAUUUUUAUAUGAGAGGAAGUGAGGCGCUGCGCCUUUGCUCUUCGAGGAUCAGGUCAGAUGGUCUCUGAUUUAUUUAUCACUGUAGAGCAAGCGAGUAGCCUUUUAAAGUGAGUUGCUUCCUUGUACCCUUCAUUUUAUAGAGCUGAUAGUAUAAACAGGAUUUCUACGUAAGAUGCAACAGUGUAGACCUCAUAGACUGCCCUCGUUAAAGAUACAGACAGCAAGUGUUUUACUAAAUGUCAGCAAAUAUUUCAGUCUUAUAAAAACUGAAAUAGUGUUGAGCUUGGAGCCUCGAUAGAAAAAGCUUUUAUCUCUGUGGAGAUCUUGUCUUCUACAUAUGUGCGAAGUGUUUUCUGACAAAACACAUCACCAUGCUUUCUUUUAGCUGUCAAACUUUUCACUCUCUCGAGUCUUUACCGUGACAAAGCAAACAAAAGCGGGUUCAGCCGUAUGCUGUUUUGAUUCCUGGGGGCUGUAGUUUCAUUACUCUUCAGAAUUCAUGUUUUUUUCUAUUGGUCUUAUUUGCUCCGCAGAUCAUAUAGGGGCAUCUGAAUUAUUUUCAAUUCAUUUCAUUGCAUUAACUCCUCCCUAUGAAUAAAAUAUAUGAUGACAUGCUCAUGCAAGUUCAAGACAGUUGUGUUGAGCUCUGAUGGAUCGGGUCAGACUGAGGACACAACGCGUUACAGUAAUAGUUUCUUUGCUCUCAUGCAGAUGCACAGGUGGUGUUAGUAUAUGUCUCUGAGCGCUCGAGUUAAAGGGAAAUCAGAGGAGUGUCAUAAUCUAUCUUUGAAGACAUGACAGCUUGCUUUAACUCUGAUCUUACAUGUCAGGGCUGUAUCUUUUUUUUAGUUUUUGGAGCCAAACGUGGCCACAUUCAGACAAGCAAGUCGAAUCUCCAAUUUUUUUCAAAAUUAUUGAACUUUUUUUUUUUCAAAAGCUCAAUAUCUUUCUGGAGAGCUGGGACUUAUUAAGCACCGGCACAGUACUCACUGGGUUUACAUCUUAAAGCAUGUGUCUGUUGGUAACUGCACAUCCAAGCAGACAAAAAUUACUUGUGAGGUUCCCCAAGGCUCCAUUCUGGGUCCUCUUCUGUUUAAAGUCCCACUCCGAUUUUUUUUUUUUACUGCUUAAAGUUUUCAGUGGUCUUUAAACUGUGAUUAUGAAGUUUUUAGCCAAAAUCAUGUCACCUGUGUCGUUUUUCAUGGACUUUUCCUCUGCAGAGCUCAAGUAGCUCAUUAGUGAUUCACCUCUGAGUCUUGGGCAGAGACAACGCUGGUCUGCACACUUCUCCCCGAGUUAGUCUGCAGCAUAACAUUGCUGGUGUAGUAGAAGAAAGAGGUAGCAUAGGAGCUAUUCAGCUCUCGGACACUAUUGUCUUUAGGGGUGUGAUGAAAGCUAAUAUCAUAAUUAGCUUUCUCACGAGCAUUUCAAUCUGCUGACGCUUUUUCAACGAUCGUCCUCCAUUUCUCCGAGGCUGGCCUGCAUAGUGGGGCUCCGGGGGCAGAGCUUGGAUUGUGUUAUGUAGGAAAUCUCACUGUGUCUGAUCCUGUCAUUUGGGUCUGCCAGAGAUUCACAGCGAUUUGAAUGCAAAAAUACUCAGAAAUGCAAUUUCGUUCUUCUUUUUCUCAUGAUAUGUCCUCUAGUAUCAGAAAAAUGCCAUAUUAACAUGUAGACGACAAGAAAAAACAUGAUUUUCAUUGCAGUGGGUCUUUAACAUCUACAUGCUUUCACUGGCUCAUAUUAUGAAAAAAAAAAUGUUACCACAACUCUACAGAAGAUGCAUCUACAGUACAAUGCAAUACAAGGUGACUGUGACCACAUAGGCCCUGAGUAAGUGCCUUGGACGAGUCCAUGAGUGGUCAUCCCAAAUUUUCUUUAGCUAACCUAAGAUAAAACUGGGCCAAACAGGACAGACCUAAGGACAGUCAGCAGUUUCAGAAGUUAUUGUUGAAAAUGGAGGACCAAGCCAUAAAUCUGGGUGAAUUCAUGGCCCUGAAUUAAAAAAAAAAAAGAAAAACAGUCACAAAGUCAGCCUACUGUCACUUAAAGAAAAUUAGCAGAAUCAAAAGCCUCGUGUCUCAGCAGGACCUGCAUACAUCUCCUUACAGGAAAUGGAGAAGCAGGACUUAUUUUUAAUGCUCCAAAUAUCUGGACAAAAGUUAAGAGACUGUUCUGAUUUUUAAGCUGACUUGUCAACUAGAUCACCGUUUUAUUUCCCAAAUAAUUAGAUUACAUUGGUGGUGGUGGUGGUGGCUCUCAGAUUUUCAUACUCCUCAUGUCGGUUUCUCAUCAACCCCCUCUGUCUAUCCUGUGGACUCCAUCUCUGACUGCUGCUGGAGUGGAAAGGCCCCUAAACACUGACACGAGCUGUCAUUGCUGUCUGCAGUGCUGCUUACCCUGUCAUUCCUCCCUCUGCUCUCUCAUGACAGAUCCGGUACUUUACAGCUGCUCUAAACACACUCACCUAUAUAGAGACUGCACAGGGCAAAUACAUUACCUCCUUUCUGCACAUAGAAAGUUUUCAGAAGAGAUUAGAGGCAUGAGGUUGUCAUAAGAGUGUGUAAACUCAGCAUACAGAGGGGCGACACAGGAGGCAGAGAAGAGAUGAGUGAGGAGAGUCAUAUGUGUGUGUGUGUGUAUAUAUUCCUACUUCUAUAAACACACACAUAUAUUUGUAUUCUGUUUCUUGCUGACAUGGUCAGACUAGAUUUUCAACAUCUGUAUAGACAUCCAGAAAUUCCUGUUAGUAUCCCAAACUCAUAGCCCACAAACACGGCCUUGAAUUAUAAUGAUUCAGCUGCUGCUCACACCUGUACUGGAUCUGUUUAAUUGUAAAUACUUUUUGUUUAUGUAUCAACACCAAAUGAACCCAAGCAUGCGACUAUGGUUUCUAGUGCAAAUUGCAGACAUGCUGAACAUACUGUUUUAAUUGUUCUCUAAUGUGUUUUGUUGUAGGAUGUGGUCACUCAAAACAACGCUUCACUGUACGCACGAGGUACAUGUUCAUUCCUGAUUCCAGGUGUUUCCACAAAUGCUUCACAAACUUGUUCCUGUAACUUGAGUAUGUGCCUCUGCCUGUUUUUAAAAUCAAGGCACCUUCAGCUCUGAUGCUGUCGAGUCGUCCCCUGCAGUCAGCAAUGCAGGGCUGCAGUGUGUGGGAUGGAAAGCUGCACCUCCGGCUAGCAGCAGCAGCAGCAGUGGGGCUGGCCUGCAGACAGCUUUGACUCCAUGGUCUUCCUCUGACUUUAACCAGCAGGACUGUUCAGCAGCAGCAGCAGCUCAGACUCUGGCCUACACCGCCACCCCCACCCUCGGUGCUGAUGUGUACAUGCAGACUCUGUGUCCCAGCUACACCAUGCUGACCUACACACACGCUCCACUGCUCACUAACUUUGGGGUGAGUAGGAGAAAACACAGAGUGUUAGCAAAGAUUUCAGUAUGAAAGGGCACGACAUGCAGCUAUCUUAUCUGCUUAUAUGGGACAAGGCUGAAAACUUGCAGCUCCUGAUGUCCUGUAGGAUAUGUAAGGGGUAUCAUAAUAACUGAAAUCACUGUUACCGUAAGUUACGAUAUUCCAGCGUAAAAUUAAUUUAGGGUCCAACACACUGUAACACCGAGUUAGACACCCCCUUGAGAGGUAAAUAUUGUCGGCUGCUUGCUUCUCUAGUGAUACAAACUUUUGUAACGACCGGACGAUAGCAAUACACAGCGGUCUUAGGAGCCACACACAAACCUCAACCAAAACACCACUCUAUAGACACAAAUAAUGCACAGAACAGCACCUAACUUCAUCAACAGUACAUAUAGGGUCCCAGCCACAGUACUAUCCACCAAACAUCUUUUUAACUUUGCCUAAUUUCUUAGGUUGCUUGUUUGUAGCAAGACCUCGGGCCUGUCCAUUGCGGACUGCUGCGGGGUGACGCAGCUCAAGGAAGAACAUUUAUGAUAAUUUCUUUAUCAUUUCCUUGAAGUAAUAAUUAUCAUAUUAAUCAUUUUGCACUGCCUUAGCGUCUCAGUCUGAUUGCAUUUCCAUGAAGAAACAUUCAUCCCUCAAGGGGGUGUCUAACUCGGUGUUGCGGUGUGUUUGAUCCUACAUUAAUUUUACGCCGGAAUAUCCCUUUAAGUCAGCAUGAAGGUUAAGGUCUUCUCUGUCCCUCUUUCAGACCAUUCCUGUGGCCUCAGCAGCCUCUCUCCCCCAGAUGGAACUCCCAGACUCUGGGGUGACCUACCUGCCUUGGGCCCCACCUCUCACCACGAUCUCUACCAUGCCCAACGCAGGGGUCCAGUUUGCACCCGGCCCUACAGCCCUCCCCGGGUCUCCUCUGGUCCACAUGCCCAUGUCCAUGUCUCUGACCACCAUGAUCCCGCAGGGUGCAGAACCUCAGCAGCACUCAGAGCCCCUGGACCCUGAGUCCCAUGGUCAGUCCCUGGAUGAAGAUAAAGAUGAGGAGUCAGAGCACCCGAGUCUCCUGGAUAAACUCCUGGAGGAGCAAAAGGAUGAUGGAGAGGAGGAGGACAAAAACUCUUACAGUAGCUCAAUUUUUGCAGCAAAUAUCUAAAAAUAUGACAGCAGUGUUUUUUCUUUGUGUGUUGUUUUCAAUUUCAGUCAUUUGUCACCUUUAGCUCUGUUUUGUAGCCAUAGCCCAUAUUUGACAUCUGCAGCAUUGUACCCAGAGUAAUUACAAAAACUUUGCAUCGGUUACUCUGUCUUAGGCUUUAUCGAAUGAUGCAAAAAUGUGAAAAAAAUGCUCAAAAAGCACUUGUAAUGCAUUAAGUAUUUAGCCAGUUCUGCAUAAAAGAAUAAAAUAAAACUCAACAGGUGUGGCUGUUACACAGGCAUAUAAACAUGCUGAAUACUGUUGAGGGUAUUGCUGCCUCUUGUGGUGGAUAUAAGUAUUACAUCAAAAGGACAUUCACCUGUUUGCUAUUUACAAACCCUCUUUAAAAGAAAGAAAGAAAGAAAGAAAGAAAGAAAGAAAGAAAGAAAGAAAGAAAGAAAGAAAGAAAGAAAUUUGGUAUCUUCAAAUCUUAGCCUUUUCCAGAUUUUGGUUCAAUUUAAAUUUCUGUCUGUGCUUUGGAAUGACUGCAGCCACUAAACACGUCAUAAUGUAUUUGCUUCAACUCUUCUUUUCUCCUAAUGCUGGCUUCUUUAAUUUUUCAGCAUUUGACCCUAUCCGUUCAAAAUUCUCCUUUUAGAUAGAACCUGCUGUAACAUCAGUCCCUCUAAAGCUGCCACACCCUAUUGAUAAAAACAGUAAUUUUACAGCUUAGGAUACAGGAGCUGCUGAUCAGCUACUGCCUUAAUUGAACAGCUACAUAUUUUAAUGUUGGUUUUAUAAAAAAUAAACUUGAUUCUAGCAUUAUUUAAUACCUUCAAGAAGCAAAUCGUUUCAGGUCAUGGUAGUCCAGAAACUUUUGAAGUUUGGAAUAGAAUAGAAUGGAAUAUUCCUUUAUUGAUCUCCCAUGGGGGAAAUUUUUUUGGCACAGCAGCAUCAUAGACAAAGGUAGUGCAAAAUGCAGUUAUAAAAAUAAAGAUCAUAAUAUUAAUAAACUAAAUAAAUGUUAUAAUUAAGAAAAAAUUUAGAAAAAGGGGGGAAUAAAAUAAAAUAAAAUAAGAUAAAAUAAAAUAAAACUAUAUACAAUAUACACAAUUUAAGUACCAGAAAAAAGUGGUGGUGUGAGUCCAGUUCUAUUACAGUUGGAGGAGGAGGAGUUACAGCUGUUUCUGGUCAAAAAAAAGAUAUUUUUAAAGAGUUUCAUUGUCUUUUUAAUCUAAAUAUAGGGAGAAACAUGACAGAAUUUAAGGUCCACCCUUUAUUAUUUGGAAAUGAAGUUGUCCUGUUGUUUUUAUUAACAGAAUAAUGUUUUUAAGUCAACAACUAGCCACAUGAUGCUAUUAUUACAGGGGAUACCUUGAGUCUGAGCUUAUGCUGCAUUCUAGUUGUAUGUAGAAGUCAGAUGUCAAAGCUGGGUAUGACAUCACACCUAAGUUGAUGGCGUUCCAGUAAACAAGUCAGAAAACCAAGAUGGAUGCCUACUGUUACCUAUUUUUAACAGUUGUCAGUUGUUGUUAGUUGUUGUCAGCAGUUGUUAGUUGUUGUAACUAUACCAGUUGUAAACAAUGCAUAACACAGUAUUUUACUCUUACAAACACCAUAGCACCUAGUUCACAUUAGAUGUUGGGCAGUACUACAUAUGCUACUUAUUUAAUAUCACAAAAACAAAACAGAAGCGCUUAUAAAUAAAACAUUACGAGAGCUUUCACUGUUACUCUUUACUGUUGAUGCACUGCACUGCCAUCUUGGAUGAUGAGGUUGUUGUCAAGUCAGGAUUGGUGAGGAUUGUCCGACUUUCUGAAUUUAGGGGGGUGUUCCAGAUGAAUUUCUGACUCGGGGCUCAGAAAUUCCGAUUUCUGAGUACAACUGGAAAACAUCAUUAGCCUCAGCCAGUUGAGUGAUUGGUUUCGACCUUCAAAAAUGAGCCUAAGUAUGAGGCAGUUUUGACCCUUUCUGCAGAGCGCUGUAGCUUAGCUUGCAAGCCUGCCCUUCAGGCAGAUUCUCUUAGUGUGGCAGAGCUGACCUGCAUCCAUUGUGGCUGGUAAACAAAGUGGUGACAUGUAACUCAUACAAACCUACUUCAAAAAUUCUGAACUAUACCUUAAAAGCUCCUGUGAGAAGAUUCUAUUUGAUUAUCAAACAGAUUAAAAUAUAAUCCUGAUGUCUCUCUAUGGAUUACAACAGCAAACAAGACCAUGUUCCAUGUUCAUUAAUGUGCACUGUAUCAAAUGAAGUCAAAAUAUAAGUUCAUAACACAAUUAAUUAAUAAAUACAAACAUAUAAUAGAUGCUUUCUUUACUCACUUUUGUUACACGAGAACAACGUUUGGUGUCUCAAUGUGUCAGAGCCUGUUCCUCAAACAACCUUUGUUUAUAUAAUCCACAGCUAAGAUUUACAGUGAGUGAUAGGUUUGACUGUUAAAGGCAGCGGGAUCAGUUUUUCAUCUAGAAAACACUAUGUACACAUGUACAAGACAAGAUCAGCAAAGAGAUAGGAGGUCCAGCUUUGUCCACAGAGAGCAGCCAAAUUGAUGCAAACAAAAAAAUUCCCACCCGGAGCUUUGACGACGAGAUCUUUCUCCACAUUUGUCCUUUUUUUGACAACUUAAGUCUGUUUAAGACCAAAAAGAUAAACCUUUUUGUUGAUGUGGUCUUUAAAUCUUAUAUUGAAGCCAUUACGGUUUAUGUUACUCUAAUGGAGGCCUGACUUUCAACACUUUAAAAAUAUAUGUACAUUCUCUUAUCUGGAGUUUUCACAUUUGACUUUUAUGCUGCUUGUCAAAAUGAAUCAUCCUGCAUAUGCUGCCUUUUUGUUUUCCUUUUAUUGCUUUUACUGGCUGGUGAAUUGUGAGAGGGCAGAGGAAUAGAUAGCUGAUGCUCAUGACAGGUUAACUGCAGCUAAAGCAGCAGGUCUGUCUGAGUUGGUGCCUGCCUGUGCCGUCACAGAUACUGAGGCAGUAAUAAUGGAAGAAGAUAACGGUGCAUGGAGUGUGUUGGUGGACUAUCAUCAAGUGGGGUGCAAUGCAAAAAAUCUAAUGUUGAUGUAAAAUAUAUACUCUCAUUUGACAUUUCAUGAUAGCUGGUACAGAGGCAUGUUUAACAUUGUGUUGCAUCAUCUCUUCUUUUAACACCACUCUGCAAAUGUUCAAUUCAAAUUUGCUUUAUUGACUUAAAAGUCAGACCAAUAUUUCCUAAGCAUAAUGAAUAUGACACAUAAAUCAAUACCAAAAUAAAUGUUUAAAUGUUGUAACCCAGUGGAUCCGUUUUAAGGAAUUUUGACAGUGAAUCGUCCUGUACUUUCUUCAUUUGGUAUUUCAGCCACUCAGCUGUUCAGAGUAUUUUGCUUUAUCUUGGUGCAGUCUUCCUUGAGAAAAGCCUUGUCUAAAUGGCUGCAUAUAUUUCUCAAAAACCUGUAAAAAUAGCUUUCCUGGAUAUGAUCUACCCAUGCCGUGGGCACUUUUGCAAUCUAUGCACCACAAAGGUUCCAAGUUUUUGAACUGGGUGCAGGGUCUAUGACUUCCAAAGAGACCAUCAGAGUUUGCUUUGUCAGACUACAAAACAGUUUUGCCCAAAUCUAAAUCUAUCUUUAAUAAGGUGGAUAUUUUUUUAUCAUUAAAAGUAAAGUAGUAAAUACACAAAGCCCAUAAUUGAAAGGGAAUAGGAUGAAAGUAAUGUGAAAUAAGCCUGCAUAUUUGACCAUUGAAAUUAUGUAAACUGGUUAAGUCAAAAUGUGUUUUCUAGUCAAGGGGAAACUGGAGGAAGUGUGAGAGGAAGAGCAGAGUCUACUCAGAGACUGAUUAAAGAGGCAACAGCUCAGCAGCAGGACCCUGGUCCACAAUAGGAACCAGACAGAUGAAGAUGAGUCUGUCUAUAGUUUUUGAUUACUUUGCUUGCCCUCAGUCAGGAUAUACACACAUUUUUUUCCUCAUCACCCUCAUCAAACCCCUGAUAAGAAUAAGAAUGGCUCCAACUGUUCAAAUUAGGUCUGUUUUCAUACCGUUAAACUCGUAAACGUAUAACUCCCAACCUAAGGCGAACUGUAAAAAAAAAAGACCCAUGAAUAAAUCAUGCUCCCACAACUUGAUAUGUUACCACACAGAGCAGAGGACAAAUUAAUUCUAGGUAAAGAUAAGGGGGAGGUUACUGUGAUACAGAGAAGAGGUCAAAAAAAGUAUCAUUUAAGUCCAAGUACCAUCCACUUGUUGUAAAAUAUGCAUAUUACUUUUUUCUCUUGCCCAACUGAUUCAGUAAUGGCCCAGAGUUUCAGCUCUUUCAGCCCAAAGCUGAUGUGCAUUUAAUUGGUUUUAUAAUUUCAUCCUGUUUUCCAGUUAUGCAAAGCUGGUCCUAACUGUCUGGAUUCUUGAACUGUGGCCAACAGCAUAUUUUGGAAAGCCACACUGACAUCUGACCUUUGACCACUGCCUUAUCAGUUCAAGCUUGAGUCCUGGUGGAUGGAUGAGCAGACAGCCAGAAAAUAUGCUCAUUAAUUUUUCAUGUGAGCCAAAAAAGUUGCAAACUAUUUUCAAGCAGUGCUGUCUGAGGACUUGAAGAUCACUGGUGUUGUCCGCUUCACUCAGAGAUUUCUCCAGACUCUCUGGAUCUCUCACAAAGCGUUGAACCUCUUCCCAUCUUUCUUCCUGAAUGACUCAACCCCUUCAGAAAACCCUCUAGUUUUUGACUCAGUCACAUUACUAAUUUGUUGCAAAUUUAACUCAUCAGCUAAUUCACUCCUCCAGGAAUUUUUUCAGCAGUACAGAACUUUUUUUAUGUUUUCUGUCUUGUUAUUACGGUUUCAAUUUUCAGAAAAGGUGUUGACAUCAAAUAUAAAGUUAGCAUAUAAAGUAUGUUUCAUUAAAUGAUGACACAUUUUGUUUUCAACAUUUGAUGGUUUGUUUUUCAAUCAAAUAAGGAUGAAUUGGUUAUUAGCUGCAUUGACUUAACUCUUGUGAAGCUGGAGUUGCAUAUGUUGUUCCUCCAGCUUCAACAGUUUAAGUGCUUUUCUCUCCUCAACCAUAAAUAGAGUCUCAUUAAAAGAAAAACAUUGUUGUUAAACCACUUUAGUAAGUCAAUAAAUCAGCUCAUAAACACUCUGUGCAGUCUCCGUAACUUUUGUAACUCUAGUUUCAUUUUCUCAAACAAAAACGCCAAAAAACAAAGAUGGUAACACAGCACCACAACAUACCACACGAUACUGUAUGUUGUAUGAAAAUGAGUUCAUAAGUGAUGGUAAUUAAAAUGGUAAAUAUGUGAGGUUCAAGUGACCAAAAGACUCUUGACCACUGACUUCUCCUCACUCCAUCCUCAAGUGCUUAUUCAGCCCAGUUUACAGUAUGUGGUAAACAGCUCAUGUGUCCUUUAUCAUGUUGCAUGUUUCUUUUUUCUCAUGGUUAUUUCUUUGUUGUAACUCUGUUAACAUCAUGAUUGUUGAUGCAGAACAGACACACAGAGUAAAACAUCUGGAAUGUAAGAUAUUUGGGUUGUUUAGUUGUCACAGGGUCCUCUGACACUGCGGGGUGUGUGAGAGAGACUUUGGCCAAGCUUCCGUGCUUCCUCUUGGCCGUGAGGGCCCACUGCGUCUCAGGGGUUUUCCCCGAGGCUUAAACUGACAUUAUGAGAGGGGCUUCAACUCGUCUGUCAAAUUUCCACACCUGGGAGCACCUGAGAUCGUAUCAGAGGAGGGGAGAAAAUGUGCUGUGCCUGCUCAUGUGAGGAGAACAUGCAGAGAGGAGUUGGCUCUGCCUCUGUUUUUUCUUUUUUUCAUGCAGAAUCUAAGGCUGUGAUAGCAAAACAAAGUGUGUGAAUCUAUCUCUGAGCUGCAAAAAAGGGCCUAAAAAGUGCAGAAUAAUAACAAGGAGUGUCAGGAGAUAUAAGUGUGGCUGUCACUCAAGAUACUUAGUCAUUCAGACAUGUUUUUUUUUAAUGUGCAAUAACACACUGCAGUGAAAAUGGACAUAACACUACAAGACAAUGGGAUUUAGCAAUGACAGUUCAAUGACAAGGACAAACAGAUAUGAGCGACACAGGCGUGUGUGUGUGUGUGCGAUAACAGAAUGAUUACAGAAUGGUAAAGAAAGGGAAGGCUAUAACAAUAAAAAAGAAGUGAGUAAAAGGGGGAAGAAAAACAAAAAAACAUAGAUAACCACAAUAAUAAUGAUAAUAUUGAACAUGCUAAAUAUUUGAGGCAUAAUAAAUAUUAAAAAUGGUAAAAAAAAAAAGAAAAAGGGAAUGAAUGAAUAGGUACAAACAAAAAAUGACAAAAAAAACCUCAAAAACCAACAAACAAAAACACAGAAGUAAUACAAUAAAUAAUUUAAACAGUAAAAGAGGGGGAGAAAAAUAAAUAAAUAAAUCUCGAUCACAUGAAAAAUAAAUAUAUAAAAAAAUGAGUAAAUAAAUAAUAAUAAUGUAGGUGGAAUGUAUGUUACAUACAGAAUGAUUGAUUGAUUGAUUGAUUGAUUGAUUGAUUGAUUGAUCUCAGACGAAAAAAAUAAUUGGUUUGAUGGAAACUAAGAUGUAAGGAAAUCGCUGAAAGGGGACCAGAAGAAUUGUGUUAUUGAGAAGGGGUAAAGUAGAUUCUAGGGAAGUGUAAUCAAUGAGCAGAUUUUUCCAUUGAGUUAAGGUUUUGGUGUUUCUGGAUUUCCACUUCAUUAGGAUGAUUUUUUUAGAUGAUUAGACAACAUGCUUCACUAUCAUGAGUGUUGGAGAGUAGUAAAUGAUGUUUGAAAACACCAGAUAUCCAAAUCAUCUUACAGUAGCAUCUCUGUGGUUUAAUUAAAGCUUGGUCGUUCAGAUAUUCACAGUUAAUUACUUUUUUAAAUUUUCAAUUUCCCUACCAAAUCUUACAAACUGCAGCGGAUGACUGUCUAACAUGAGUCUGGUCCUCCCCAAGAUUUCUGCCUGUUAAAGGAAGUUUUUCUUCUCUACUGUAAUGUGCUACAUGCUGCAAACUCAUGUGGUUGAAGAUGGGAAAGGAGUGGGUCUGAUCUUACAAGAUGGGGCUCAAUCUGAUCCCAUCUUUACACUGGGUCUCUGUACAGAGAUGAGCUAUUUUGUUAAGUGUCUUGGCACAAUAUAAACAAAGAUUGAUUGAUUUUCUUUUGCCAGAGACAAAUGUACCAGAAAACAGCCGGAAGUUUUCAUGUACUUGAGACAACAGAGUAGUUGGGCCCAUGAACAAGGGCCAGUACGUGCUGGAUUUGUAACUCAAUAGUUACUGAAUCCUACAGCUGUUCUCUCCAUUAUGACCUACCAUGAAGGUGUUAGAAACACCAACUGUGAGUAACAUCAUUACAGCAGGUAAUAAAACAAAUGCUAAUGAAUGCUAGUUGGGAGCUAAGUGGGCACUAACGACCAUCUUCUGAUGUUUUUAGGGUUGUGGAAAAUAAGGGAGUCCUGCCUCUGAGCAGACCAUUGCAGGGCCUAGUCAGAUUUUUGAGUAGGCACGCUCUGGCCACACACACAGGUUUCUUCGUAGGGUACAGGGUUCACAGACCCCUGAGGCAUAGGUCAGACACAGAAGCAUAAAUUAGGCUGUGGAGGUCAAAAGUGUGUCUUUUACAUGGUAGUAAAGUUGCCAUUUGCCAUUUUGAAGGCCACUUUGUCCUCAGAGUGACAUGUUUCUCGCAGCUCUCUCGUCUGGACUCUAUGUUUUGUAAGGAGGGGUCUGAUUUAUAGACAAGUACCCCAAAAUAAAGCUGAAGUUCCUUACAUUUGAUACACAAAUAUCUGAAAUACUGUUUAUUGUAAUGAUUUUCUUCAUUAUGCAAUUAUACAAUCUCAUUAAUCUGACAGUUUUUUCAACAAAGCAAUAUCAACAAACUUCUUCAAGUAAAAGAUGAUAUCUCCUCCAUGUUACCUUUCCUGCUUUUAAAUGUAGAGCUGUUCCCUUUAAAGGAGCCUCCCUAACAUCAUAAAACUCUUGGUCAUCAUCAUGGCAGUUACUGAAAUAUCUUGAACCAAACCUCAGUGUAGGCACAUUUGAUCAUUGCAGCUGCAUCUCCUAACUUUCUCUGAUUCUUGACAGAUGAUUCAUCUGAUGACUCAUUUUGCUAACGUGUUCUUCUAAAAGUUCUUAUUUAUCGCUUCAUCGAAACUCAAGUGAGGCUCCUCUGUGGAUCAAAGGCAGUUGGGGCUCCGCCAUCUUUCUGACACAGCUUACAUAUCCUGGGGGUGUUGCAGAAAGAUAAACAGCACUGAAAGCUAAAGUCACGUGUGAUACUGUUCUCUAAACUGCCUACAGCACCUCUCUCUUCUCUUUCAGUGGAUUGGUUUAACAGUUUAUAGUGUUUCUCGGGCAGUCUCAGGGUGAUAGCUGCAUUGCAGACGAUUAGAGAAAGUCCCCUUAAAUUGCUCCUUCUUGGUGCCAAUGGGUGUUGCAAGGACAUGCCCAGGCAGAGCCUUUGAUAGCAGGCAUGGGUGUGAUACAUGAAGGAAUAACCAACACAUAUCAGGAAAGGUGUCUGAAACCUGGCACCCCAAACAGGCUGCAAUACACAUCUCACAAUUAGUGCCAAUUAGAGCCCUGUUUAUAUUCAUAUGACUGCUGCAAAGGAAUGUUGCUAUCACAAACCUGCAUCUUAGUUCAAGAGUUUGUAAUCCACUCUUUUAUAAAAGGUUAAAAACAACAACACAUAUCUGCAUUACUUCUUUGUUAUGAAAAGGUGGCAUGCAAAUCUCAGCUCUUGUUGCUUAAAAGAUCACUUUUUAUGUGCGAUAAAGAAAAAAAGCAAAGUUUUGAACAUAAGCCCAAACAGCACUGCACAGAAAACAUCAAGAUUACUAUUACAGCUCUGAAAUUGCUCUUAAUUUCUGUUUUUAUGUAGUUUGGGGGUUUUGUUUGAAGUUGUUUUAAUAAGCUUAAUGUUUUUUUUUUCUUUUCUUUUUUCUUUUACAGUUCAGUUGAAUUUUACAUUUUUUUAAACAUGAUUUAAUUACAAAAGACCCCUAAAAUCCUGAAAAAUAUGACAUUUUUAGUAUAUUUGGCUACUUGUGUGAGCAAUCACCAAACAGAUGGAUAUAACACAUAGAUGUCAUGAUAAAUGCAAUUGGUUGGAAUGUAGGCUCUGCGAAUUCUCUGUCAGCACCCUCGUUUGCCCCCCUGUUCAAAAAAGUCCACACACACCCCUGCUGUUAGCGCAUGUCUUAUCACAUUUUACUAGUUCAGCAACAGGUGGAUCCUUGCAUUGUGGAGGGUCCUGUUGAUGGAGUAGUGGACAAGAGGUACUGCAGGGUGGAAUAGAAAGUUCUGCACACCCUAAUCACCUGCUUUUAUUAUAUAUUUCUUUACAUUUAUGUAUUUAUCUCAGUUUCCAUCUGUUGAGGAAACAUAAUUUUGCAGAAGGGACAACAUUAAGUAAACAUAAACAUAAAGUAGACUAAGUAUUGAAGCUGGUGCAGUGCAUGCUGGGACUUGUUCCUCCCGCUGAAUGCACUGAAUAUAAAAGUUCAUAUACAUCAAGAUGCCACAGAUCAAGUCAGACAACAGACUACAACAAAAGAGGGGGUGGUCUGAAGAGGCCUGGGUGAUAUCGCUCUUUUUCCCACUCUGUAUCUCAACAGUGAUCUCCUGUGAGAAAUUAGGCUGGGAGAGGGUUAAGGUUGAGAAUGUUGUGGUUUAAUAAAGAAGAUAAUGAUCCUCUCCCAGUAACUAUGAUACCUGCCAUCUGCUGUACAUAAAAAAUGAAAUGCCUCUCAGGUAAACACUUAGAUCUGUGUGGCUGUUGUCAAGCAUCAUACCUGAACCAGCUGGUGAACCACCCCCAGCCCCCCGAUCUAAUUUGCUUGUUACUGGUGAGAGCACUGAAGGGUGGUUGACAAUUUUUGUCAUUGGACUAGCUUGCAGAAAAUUGGACUUAAGAUCUAUGAUCUUUAAUAUGUUUGAUUCUAUCAUAACGUCAAGACCAGAAAAAGAUUGCCCCAUACGCAAACAGUACGGUUUGAGUUUGAAGACCGCCAAAAUACCAAACAGCCAAGAUCACAGGGUGAGCUCAAUGUUGGCAAAACUCUCACUUUUUUAUUAAGACUCUGGGAGUUUUCCUGUGACUUUGAAAACAGAUGUGAAGUUGCCUGUCAGGGUUAAGCUUCGACCGUAGGGUCAAUGUAAAGAUGAGGUAACAUGCAAGUUCUUGUCGGGUGAUAUUAAUGAUGUUAAUAAGGCAGUGUCAAUGAAGUAAAUCGAGGAAGUUGUAUGUGCGAGAGACGCAAAUUUGCUCAUUUACAAGAGUUUAAAACAAAUAUCUCAACUCUCGCACCAAAAUUGCCGAUCAGCGUGGAGAUUCCCAUGUGGCAUAUGUCAACAAUAAACCGGUGGAGGUUCAUCCAUCUGGAAAAUGGAGAACAAACUGACUCGGCAGUGUGCAGCUACUUUUUCUGUUGAAACAGGGAUAGAGAGAAAAUGGCCUGGAGGGAAACGAGAGCAGAGGUCUGAUUAUCUAGUAAGUUGUGCAAACACAACAAAUCCUCAAAGCGAAGUCAACCUCAACCAUGUUUGAUGUAAACGGACCAUCUUUCCUCAAAAGUUCUGACAUUUUCCGCAAACAUCUUCACUGUUGGAUUUCGCUGGACUGGCUUGGCCACACUAGUACAGGCCUACACCCCCCCCAGAGUUCUGGUGGUCCAACCUUUAGUUGGAGACUGAAAGAAUCACUUGUUGAUUUACAGAUUGACAGAUUCAGUCAGAAUGCAAAGUGGAAAUGAUCAAGGUGGGAGAUUCUGGACAUUUUUUGUAUGACAAUUGGACAAUAAGCACAAAUGAGCCUUGAUGAUUUUUGUUUGAUAAUCACAAGAUUAGGAGGUUUUUGUUCUAAAUAUAAGGCUACAUUUUGCUUCUGGUAAUAGAGGAAAAGAAAAAUCAAGCUCAACACUACCGGUGUGUAAGAAUUUUUCCACGUUGCUUCAUUCUGCGGAAUUGUAAUACCAGUAGAUCCUCUAAAUAAACUCUUUGUAAGUGUCUGUUUUUACUGCUAAGCUUAGCUGAGUAAUCGAGUGGUAAAGGUUAUUACUUCAUCACCAACAGCAACUUCUACAGAAAUGUUUGUUUGUUUUGCGGCAGCUGUCAAUCAUAGAUAAUCACAGGUCAUCCUAUAUAGGUCCCGUAAAACAGGUGACUUCUUCCUCAGCGUAAUUCUUGGGAAGAGCUUUCAGGCAAUUAGAAAAGAAAACAAACUCGUUUCUGUGGACUGUACCAUGUUGUUUUUCUUUAACAGCCUUUUAUUUAUAUGAAAACUGUGACUAACAAUGUGCUGAUUAACUGUACAGCCCGACACGAGGCGCACUCAGCCUCCACUUAGCCUCUGUUUGGUGUGUAAAUACUCUCCUGUCACUCUCUCUAUACAGCUGUAUAUGACUGUAAGUCUGUGUGUUAUCAUGCAUGAGUGAGAGUCAAGGUUUUGUACAGAGGACAUGUAUGAGUGUGAACAGCCUUUGAUUUACCCACUACAGAAACAGGGUCAGAUAUGAACAGAUAGGAGGGGCUCACUUAUCAGCCGUUAUGAAAUCUUGUAUUCAACACCCUGCUUGUUAUUCAGCUUUUCUUCGAGCCUGAUAACAUUUCAUUCGUGCCGCCAGAGUUUGGUGUCACUGUCAGAUAAGAAACUUGUUUUCCUCUGCAAUUAUAGGAAUAGCAUUGAUUCAUAUGCUUAAAUAUUAACAGGAAACAUUGCAACACUGUGCUGAGACACAAAGGAUUUUAUUUAACACGUCUGAUCAUAAAACCUCAAAGAAGCCGGUCUUGUAUCAAGUGUACACUUGGAUCUGGACCCAGUGUGUCCAUAUAUCAAUAUGCUUUGCCGCCAUGGACCUGCCUACUUUCCCGCUGCUUCAACCUCAUCUC